CGGGCCCCCAGGCGGGGCGGCGGGCACCGAGUCACCAGGCACAACCGUGGGCUCCGAGUCAACUGGGAUGACCGCUGGCACUGGUCAGACAUUGGAUCGUCUGGCUGGACAGCGGGCAUCGGGUCACCAGGCAUCAGGUCAUUUGGCUCGACAGCGGGCACCGCGUCAUCUGGCAAGGCACGGGCACCGCGUCAUCUGGCAAGGCAGUGGGCUCCGAGUCAACUGGUAUGACCGCGGGCACUGGGUCAGACAUUGGAUCGUCUGACUGGACAGCGGGCAUCGGGUCACCAGGCAUCAGGUCAUUUGGCUCGACAGCGGGCACCGCGUCAUCUGGCAAGGCAGUGGGCUCCGAGUCAACAGGCACGACAGUGGGCACCGGGUCAUCAGGUACCCGGAUUGUCUGGCUCGACAGCGGGCAUCGGGUCACCAGGCAUCAGGUCAUUUGGCUCGACAGCGGGCACCGGAUCAGGUACCGGAUCAUCUGGAUCAACAGCGGGCAUCGAGUCAACUGGCCU